AUGGAGAAGACUGGGCCUAGCCCACGUCAUGUUUUGACUCGUCAUCUGCACUACUGCGGCUGCGUAUUGGUCAAACAAAACAAAAUGGCGACCAUCAACUUCGAUCAACUAAAGGUAAUUUAAAAUAUGUAUUUCUUCUGCUGCAAUUAUUUACUGCAAACGGCUUGAGCAUCUUCUCUAAGCUACUACGUUUUCUUUCAGGCACAGAUAAAUAAGGCGCUGGGUGAUUCUUCGGUGGUAGUGAAGUUUUCUUGUGCGACUGUAUGUCUUCUCUACUGUUUGACUUUCAUUGAUUCAACUGUUUAUGCUGCUUUAGCUGUUACUCCUGGAUAGUAAGUUACACGUGUGAUGAAUUUUACUAAUUUUACUUUGGUUAAGAUUUCCGCGCAUCUCCAUACAUAUAUUAUGCAUACAUGUUUCGACUCUAUUCAUAUGAUGAUAGUGCCUUAAACCUUUUUGUGCAGUAAUUUCAUACUAUUAUCCAAAAUAUGUAGUAUGAAAUUGCUGCAUGCAUGAUAAAUGUGUGGAGUUGUCUGGAAAUCUUAAUACCUCAUUUCGUAGCACUCAGCUUUAUCAUAACAAGCUUUAUUGAUUCACCAAGUUUUUGAAUUUGUCUUGACCAUGCCCAUAAUAAGUCUAUUUCGUUUCCCAUCUCCCAACUGGGAUUUUUGGAAAGGUAAAAAAAACAACAACAACAAGCAAAGAAAAAAUUCUACAUACACUGUCUGGAAAGGCAAAAUUUAAAUGCCUAGCUAUCGUAGCAUAGAACUCAAUGAGAUCUUGCACACCAUGUGCAAAGAUAUUUGCUGCCAAUUGCAGCACAUGAUAACUGAACUACUGGACUGCAAAUAGGAAAGUUUCUCAGUGACAUUCGAUGGUUCCUUUAUGCUGAAUACAAAUACUAAGUCUUACAAUGUGCAUUGAUGCUGUGUAAGUCUUCAUCUGGUUUUCUACUGGUUUUCCCAUGAAAUGACAUCUGAGGAAUGAAUCAACCAAUCAGAAGCACUCCCAGAUCUGAGAAGUGACACAUCAUCAGUUUUGAAUUUCUGCAGUCGUUUCUGAGAGUUAAUUUUGUGGGAUAAAAUGGUGUCUGUUUUCUCAGGUUAAAUGCUGUCCAGACUGUGCUAAAUCCACAUUGUCAGUUUAAUAAAAGGAAAAAACGUCUUUUCAAGACUUUAUUUUGAAGAACAGUUGCUCCUAAAUUUCAGGUUUUAUAACUUAUGCUAACUACAGUCAACACUUGCCUUGCGGACACCUCGCUAUUGCGGACGUUCACUAUUACGGACAAAAUUCAGAUUUCUGGCCAAAUCUAUAGGGGUUUGACUGGAAAUGACUCCCGCUAUUACAGACUUACGGACACUUUUUUGGUACUAAAGUGACAAUUUUAUUGUUCUGACUUUCGAUUAAGUGGACAUGCUGUACUUCUCAUACAACAUAAUUAUGUAAAGUUACAGUCUGCUGUUCAUCAUUUGCCAAAGUACAUUUCAAAAGAUUCAGUUUCACAUCAAUAAAUUACCGGUAUUCCUAAAAUUGUUUGCACAAUCACUGUCCUCACUUCUUCACUUGAGCUUGCACUUUUGUCUUCCUGGCUCUUUGGGAGUCUGAGCUCAAGCCCUCGUGUUCCAUUCUCAACGACUGCCUAGCAGUUUCUGUACUGCUGUUAGGUUUGUUCAGUCUUGCAAGAUAUUUUGGGUUACCACAACAUGGGCAAGUGUUACUUAAUUGUGCUGUUAUUUGCAUAUAAGUAGCACAUUUAACACACAUUAAAGAUUUAAGAAAACCUUACAAACGUAGUUCACGUUAUUUGUAAUGUUAUUGUAUGUUAACAGCACUUUUUUUUCGCCCGCCCCACUAUAACCGACUCUUGCUAUUACGGACAUAAAACCACGGUCCUGAGGGUGUUCGCAAUGACGGGAGUUGACUGUAUUNGACUGCCUAGCAGUUUCUGUACUGCUGUUAGGUUUGUUCAGUCUUGCAAGAUAUUUUGGGUUACCACAACAUGGGCAAGUGUUACUUAAUUGUGCUGUUAUUUGCAUAUAAGUAGCACAUUUAACACACAUUAAAGAUUUAAGAAAACCUUACAAACGUAGUUCAUGUUAUUUGUAAUGUUAUUGUAUGUUAACAGCACUUUUUUUUCGCCCGCCCCACUAUAACCGACUCUUGCUAUUACGGACAUAAAACCACGGUCCUGAGGGUGUUCGCAAUGACGGGAGUUGACUGUAUUGGUUACUUAUCGUGCUGAAGUUACAUUGUAUUGAUGUAUGAGGGUUAAUUGCUAUGCUCAGGUGCUGAACAUGUUUUCUUACAGUUACUGUACAUGUCUUUCUCAGGUUUAUGUGUAGAAGAAUUGCAUUGUGUUAGUAUCUAUAUGCUUUUAGUUUCCCAUAGGUUUUUUAACCUUUUUUUAUUUUUGUUACACAUACAGCUGUAGAAUGUAUUUUAAUUUUCCUUUUUUCUUGUUUUCUUCAGCAUUAUUCCACCUCAUUUUAGAGUAUGGACAUUAAUUACAGGAGGUUUUACAGAGUAUAGAAUAUGGAAUGUAAGUGCCUGCUUUCAACCUAACCAUUUUAAAGAUUGAAUCACCAAAAUCAUCUCUAAAAAUAACCUGUGUUUUCAGUAGCAUCCUAUUAUGCAUCCAUUGAACCAUGAUUUAUGAGGUGGUCAUAUUAAAGGGGUUGCAAUAGCCUUUCUGAUCUUAAUUUUCAAGAUAUAACACAUACUACAUUGCACUUGAACUCCUUGUAUUUACUUUAAAUGAGAUUCAUAAUUAUUUUUAAAAAGAUCAAUCAUGAUACUUUUUACUUGUUUUGAUACAUCUCAAGUCUUUGUUAGUUUAAUAAUACUUUGAAAAUACUGUUUGUACAAGUUAUAACAACCAAGAGAAGCAUGGCUCCAUAACUGUGUAACCAUGAGUACAUGAAAAAAUUGAUAACAAUGAAAAGAACAUACUUAAAACAAAGUUCUGACUAAUGGUAGGCACACUGCUAAUUCCAGCUUGCACAAGAAUUGUUGCCUCCUUCCUGCAAACAAUAGUUUCUAUACAUGCUUACCGGUAACUUAUGUCAUUUGUACAGAGAGUAGUUUUUUUCAUGUGUUGACAAAGUCAUGCAAAAGUGAUGCCAUUUUGCUGAUAAGUUGUUCUUGUACAACACCAUUUAACUACAUAUAGCUGGCACAGUUUGAGCAACAGUUUCUUGUCAUCACUUUUAGAGGUUAAGUCACCAUAACCACAUGUAUUUUUAAUGGUUUUGUCUGUUUACAGUAAAUGUGAUUUUUAAAAUAAAAUUUUUGACAAAAACAGUGCAUGCUUUAUAUACAAACAUCACCCUCUUUCAAACUGAGACAAACUUGAAAAAAAAAAGUGAGCUGCAGUUAACAUGUACCUGAGUAAAAUCCAUGAAAUAAAUUAAGACCCCUCUUGAGUUUAUUCCCAUCCAUGCUUCUUCUGCACUUUUUGGUAAUAUUUCUUUUUAACGUCAAGUGCUUGUUUUUGUUUUUUUUCAGGUGCUAAUAGAUAUUGCAGUGCUUGUGCUUUGUGGUCAGCUACUUGAACCCCUGUGGGGAGCACUUGAAUUUCUGGUAAAUACACUGAAGAUCUAGUUAAUAUGCGUGAUGUAAACACAGGUGAAAGUGAAAGAUCAAGCACAAGAGAUUUUCAUACAUCCAAUGCUAGAAUAGUAAGAUGGGUACUUGAGCAUCCUGUUUCCCCAAGUGAUGAAAAAACCUUGCACUUCUGUUUGCAGAGGGUACAAUGUAGUUUACAUUUUUUGUCCUUCCUUGGUCACAUUUUCUUUAUCCACUUGCUUUUGCAAACAAAUUUUAUUUUAAAUAACUGAAGUCUAUCUUGUGUAAACAGAGGGUAACUACAGUAAAGCAGACAGCCUUCCAGCAAAUUUCGUCGGCCAAAGGCAGCUGUGUCAAUGUUGUAGUUAAAUUUUAUCCUUGAUUAGAUGUUGUCCUUUUUUUUUCAAACUCUUUAUGUUCCCUAUUAACCAUUCGUGUACCCAAAUCACGGGGAAAUAAAGUAAAUUAUUUAAAACUGGAACAAAUCUAAGCUACAACAUUUAUAUCAUGAUAUCAACUUUUUGUUUGAUGUGUACUUCUGGGCGUUGUUAGAGUUUACAAAAACAUUUGUGUGUGUCCAAAUGUAAAUAAAGCAAGUAAAUAUUUUAUGUUUUGCCUAUGUAACAUCAUGUUAUCUCAGAGUCUUGCUUUCUUCUCUUCCUGACCUACAAUGUAAUCUUGUUGAUUAUUAGUCUAACUUGCAUAAGUAGCAAUCUGCAAUCUGCAGCGCGUUUUUCGUCAUAUUUAGGACACAAAAGGGGUGGUCAUUGUGCCAGGCAUUCUUAGCAGAGACUGUGGAAACUGAGAAUAAGAAUCGUUGCAUGAUCGAAGCCACGCAUGUUUUGCGAAGAAAGCUUAGGAAAGAUUAAAUUUAGAGCUUUUCCGAAACAUGCCAGUCCACAAAUUCUAUCGCUUCAAAUCAUUGAUUACUUUGGAACAAGUGAACACUACUGAGUGGUCAAAAAAAAAUAAGAAUCUUAAUUAGCAAAACUGCAAAGGUCGGGUGUUGUAAACUUUGAUUGUAUGCAAGUGGAUCUUGUGGUGAGAAUGCGGUUUAUUUUUGGCAAUGAUUGAAAUGACGUGCCAUGUAAAUCACUUUUUGAUCUCUAGCAAUGAUGUAAUUUCUGUGGAAUUGAGGCCCUAGAAUUUUUGUGUAUUUAUACAUGCAUAUACUAUAGCCUGCGACUGCAGAUGUAUUUCCCGUCGUCGCUAACACUCGUACUACAGCUGUACACUGUAAAUCUAUUCAGAAACAAGUAAAAAGUAAAUAUCCUGAAGAAUACUCAACGUCGCUGAAGUAGGAAGUAAAUAAAAAACCUUUGGUGAGUAAAUCCUGUUUCGUGUUGAAUUAAUCGCCUCCUCAUUUCUCUAUCUAAUCUCCAAGCAAGCGAGACUGAAUGCUGCUGUAAGAACGUUCUUGUUGUUAAUUAAUGGAAGGAUUUUUUUAAUGUAAGCCAUCUGUCUCAAUGAUUACUCUCUUAGUGCCAAUGCAAAUUUGUAAACAAACUGUUUAAAGGUAUAAAGUACUAUACCCUGAAUUCAAUUUUGAUUCAGAUUGCCUAUUUUUUUCUUUGUAGAAAUUUGUAUUAAUCUUAGAUGUAGGAACCUCACUGCUAGCGUCAGCUGUCUGUGUUUUUGCUUAUGUUGCGACAUUUGACACACAAAUGUGGUAAGUCUUAAAGUAUUCAUAUAACUACAUUUAUAAUUAGUGGGUAUGUAUUUGCUGGACAUGACUUAGUUUUGUUGAGUUUGUUACAGUUAUGAGAAUAAACAUCUCUCUUUUAAAGGCCUCCCAUCCAUUGAAUGCAGCCCUGCUAUUAGAUCAUUUACAGGAACAAUAUUGUGUUUUCGUCUUACUUAUAACUUUUUUGUAUCUGUAGGUUUCUACAGUUUAGUGGAAUGACAGGAAUUUUAUCUGGUAUGAUGGUUGCUUUUAAACAAAUUAAACCUGAGCAAGAAUUAGGAAUGUCUUCUCUUGGUCUUCGCGUCAAGGUUGGUUUGCAGUAAUUAAUUAAUGUAUCUGUCCGCCCCAUGAAAGACCUGGGUACCAUGUUAGGUUUGAAAUAAAAGAUUAUUUCACCUUGUUCAUGAAUCAUUUUUUUUAUAAUGGGUGACACUAAUGGUUAGAUAUAUUUUACGCCAUUUACGGUAGGACAUACAUUGUAUCUGAUGUGUUUCUUUUCUGUUCUUUUUUAAGUUCAUGUUGAACAAUAAUAAUUUGUUAUUUUACUUUUAUGUGCUCUCUCUGGGGUCUUUGUAGGGUUUUUGCCUAAAUAUGAAAGCAUUUUUAUGAAAUUUUAAAGGACAAAAAAUUUCCACCGACUGGUAAUAAGUGAAAUUGAAGGAUUGAAAUCUAAAGUUCUUGAUGUUGCACUUGAAAAGUGCUACAGCAUAAGCAAAUAACACAGCUUUCAUGAAAAACUGAUUAACAGUCCAUGAAUAUAUGUCUCACUUAAAUAAUCUACAAAUGAACUAUAUAAGAAAAUCAUUAACUUAGAAAUGAACAUUUAGGCUUUAUUCUAUAUUGUGAGUUCUGCAAAAUAGUGCAUGCCAGAUGUGCCACCCAUAUUUUGUUUGUUUGUCUGUUUUUUUUUGUCACUUAAGUCAUAGAUUUUUGUUCACACUCUCAAAAGUUAGGGGAAUAUCACCAUGUCAAUUAUGAAAGUGUCUCCAUAGUAAUUAUGACACUGAAGUAAAAGUGUUAAUCACUUGUAAUAUAUUUGUACAGUAUUAUACAGUAUGUAACCUGUAUUAAGUAGACCUCUAUAAACAGUCACUUGCUAAAGCCCCAGAGUUACUGUAAAACUGACCUGUAUUAAGCGGUCGCAGUCACCUCUUCAGAGGAGUUAUUUUUAAUUUCUUCACCUCUAUUAAAUAGUCACUCUGACAAGAUGUACCAUACUACUGUAAUGCAACAGAUAAACUGUGUUUGGCAGUUAGUGGUCUUUUACAAGAAGAGGUACACUUUAGACUCACUUUGAGGUCAGUCUGACACCAUCUUCUUCAAUAUUUCAUUGUCUUGAUUAAGUCUUACGUUGGUCAAACCUGUAUUUAACAGUCACUGAGCUAUUCCCCAAGGGUAACCACUUUAUACAGGAUUGACUGUAGUCCUCCACACAAGUGGUGACAUUCAUUUUCAAGUUACAUGAUCCAGUUUGAUUCAAUUAUUGUUUUCUCUUUCAGCAUGUUCCAUCAAUAGUUGUCCUUGUUUACAGUAUUCUGUGUAUCAUCGGUAUCCUUCCUAUAAUUCUUCUGGUUAUGGUUUUAUCUGGUACUGUCAUUGGCUGGGUGUAUUUAAGAUUUUACCAGCCUCGUGGAAAAGGAGUCAAGGGAGACCUGAGUGAAGGCUUCUCCUGCGCAAGUUUCUUUCCGGAAGCUGCACAGUAAGCAAACUUUCAUUUGCAACGUUGGAUCGUUAUUAUGUCUCAUAUACAAACAUUUUGGUGCAUGGCACAAUGUAAAGGAGAGGUCUUCUUGAGGAGAAUAGGAGGCCUUCUCAAAUUACAGCUGUUGAACCCGUAUUCUCCAGACUCAGCAGCAAUGAUGGCCACUGUGGAAAAGUAAAAUAAGAGACGAAUUUAAUGCCCCUCACUUUAAAUUCGUCUGGUGUGAAAACGGGCCGCGUGAAAGUAGACGGUACCAUUGAAAAAAAAAGUUUUCUCAAAAACAAAAAAAACAAAGCACUGACCCCGUUUUGACGCACUUAACAGAAGACGUUUUACUUACCGUUUUUUGUACUGGACGUUAAUCAUCCUAAGAUGACUUUACUUCUCAGACGACUUUAACGUCUCUCGCAUAAAACCGGCAAAGGGACAGUAAGGGCUCUAGAGUUAAGUAACGGCGCACAACUUUUUCACCAAAGUAUCUCUCAGAGAUUUUAAGAUACCCGCGGAUUUUUAAGCUGGUGACAAAGUACCUCGACAGAAUGGUUUCAUCACUUUUAUUAAUUUCCUCUUUCUUUGUAAAAACAGAUCACCAGUUAACACACUUUCCACCAUUAUAUUUAACACUCUGGUCCGUCUGAAAGUGUGCCACAAACCGAUCAGAACGUAUGAUGUGGGAGCACCUUCAGCCAUUACAAUCAGCUUACCUGGAAUGGAUCCUGUUGAUGCUGAAAGAAGAAGGUACUGUGUACAAAACGUGUUCAGAUCGAUCCAUCGAACUUUGCGUCCUACGGGACGCAGGCCAUGAAUUAUUUUGCGUCUUUGGGGAUUUUUAUGCGUCAUGGACGCAGGACGCAGAUGUAACAAAAUCACCGCCGUGUUAACUCGAAUAAGCGCUACCCUUGAAUACAUGCCACAUUUGAAGCGCCAAAAAAACAAUUUUAAUAACCGCCGCAGUGCUUAUUCGAGUAAAUACGUUAUUAGCCUGUGGAAGGGGGAAUUCGAGUGCGUGAGAAGGGGAAGGGUGCGCCUGAAUUCCCUCCUUCCCCUUCCCCCGCCCCCCUUUUAAGGCCUUCUAUGCAGAAUCAUACGCUAUUCAGAUACAGACAUACCGUCAUUGACAUUAUAAAUAGUGUCACUGGAAAUCAGUAGUUUUGCCCAUAGUAAGUUAGUCCCCGCCCCAAGAGUAUGCCCUCUCCACUGUAUUUUAUUAGUUUCCCUUGGAUGGAAGUUUGAUGAGCUGAGACGUUAUGUGACUUGUGCAUAUGUUUUUAGAUCCCCCACUGAGUGGGUCUUCUACUUAUAUACACAUUUAUAUACCUCUUUGUUUCAGCCAUGACACGAAAAAGUCCGAUACACAUGUGUAUACCUCUGUCGUCGUUCUUUGAGCUUUUGAUCAAGCGUUCGCGAAAUGAGUCGUAGGCGAAACGACCGUAAAUCAUAACCCAUCUGGUUCAGUUUAUAGAGAUUGACUUAAGCAUUAUUAAGGGCUCAAAGAGUCCAUACAUAUCUUUCUGAAACGAUAACCUAAAGUUCUCGCUUUAUACUGUUAGGCAAAAGGCACUCAAGGCUCUUAAUGAGAGACUACAAAAACUGGAGCAAACAACAAGCUGGCCAUCACUAGAUGGACCUGAAGGAAAGGACCCAGACAGUCCUGUUAGUCCAGUGAAUGCAGUUGAUGAAAUGCCUGAGAUUGUGGUGGAUCAGGGUACAACGAAAAGGACUGAGGGAGUACCAAACAGCUCUAGUGUACCUACGUAACACAGAUACCAUCAACUUCCGCUAAUAAGCCCUGACCUUGUACAUGUUCGUAAGGAGUUUUAGAAAGGCUUAUAAAUGGAGGGGCUUAUAUCCUAGGGGUCUUAUAACAGGAAGCGCUUUGAAAAAACCUAUAGUAGUGCCGAUUAUGGUCUUUUAAAUUCAUUUCAAUAAAUUUGAAGGGUGGAUGGCUUAUAAUUUGAUGAGAUGGGUGUGAUAAUUUUUUUUUACAGGAAGGUUGGUCUAUAACUGGGGGGGAUUACAUGUACAAGUGUCGGGGCUUAUAGACGGCAGUUCACAUUAGGGAAUAAUGGUCCUGAUAUGAACUUUGGUCUGUAUCACGCAAUUCCAUAAUUCAAAGGUUACUGAAAUGCCACUGAAAAAAUAAACAACAAAGAAACAAAGCAACCAACAAUUAAGCGAGCAAGUUUAUUGUCUUUUCAUAAAAAAAGUGAGCACAGUUUACCGAAUAUAGGCAAAAGUAAGCACAAUUUACGGAAUGUGGGCUGAAUAUUAGUUGGCAAUGUUUUUACCAAAUGAAAUAUGCGUUGUGACAGUAUAUGAGUCAAGACCUGCCUUGUUUCCAUGGUCCCCUCUAUUUGAAGGAGGAAGGAAGAGGAGUCUGGGAACUAAGUUGCCUUAGACUGCAAAGUCUGUAAGGUGAAAUUGUCAUGGAAGCCAUCUAGCUCUCAUCCAGCUAGGUGGUCAGAUAUUUUAGAAGAGUGUGCUUGAAGAUUUUUUUUUUUUUUCUCGAAAAAGGUAUUUAAUUUAUGGUGAAGAACAAUUUCAGACACGUAGUGUGAAGACUUUGCUAUAACUCUGUAUUAACUACUUCACGUUACGUCUUUCUCCUGUCUUCAACAACGAGUCAAAAUGAUGUGUCAUGAGCUCGAUAUUUUGACAAAUGUGUCUCAGAAAGUGGUCUGCUUUUGCAAUAUUUAAGUUGCCUUUCCACUAUUAAGUUGAACUGCAAUUUCAGACAUGCCAUUAGAAUCUUUUGCUUUGAGUUAAGCUUUGAGUUUAAACCACUCUCUUGUGCAUGCGUGUGUCCCCGUCUGUUUUUCAGUGUUGAGUAAAAAUAGCAAACUCGUAUCCAGGCAAAGGCACCGAGAAACGUUUUAAAGUAAAUGUGUCUGAGAUUGGUUGAAAACCUAGUGAAGUAAUAGGCUAUCGAAAGGGGAAAAAUAAAGUUAAAUUAAAGCCAAGGCCCUUGCCAUUGUGGAACUUCACUUGUGAUUAACCUACCGCGGAUGAGUGAGCGCAAUAGAUUUUGAUCAUUAGUAUUAAGUUUGGUGAAAUGUGAAGUUCGACUCUUGGCGUAUUUGUAGUUAUAAAACAAAAAAAGAUAAUGUCAUCUUGUAUAUACUGUCAAUUUAGUGUUCAUUCAGUGAGCACGUUCACGUUUCCACAAUUCACGCCCGGAAACAGGUCAGUGAUUGUUAGUCUGCCUGUUUCUGUUUAACAAAUCGGCGACAAUUUUCCAUGGUCCGUGCUGUUCAUCGACCGUGGAAAUGACGGCAAUAUGUUCAAAACUCAAGUGGAGUCACGAGCCGCAGGUGGGUGGUUUCACUGCAAAGUUUUGAACAUUUUGCCAAAGUUCGCCUAUGAUAUGGAAAAAUGAAUUGUGUAAAUGUCUAAUUCAAUAAAGGUUGCUUUGACAAUUGGUCAUUGGGAUUUGGGCAUUGGGCAUUGGGCAUUUGGGCAUACGUGAAUCUCACUACAAUGAUUUCCUUGAAUGACCGCCAAGCAAUAGCUUCCCAGCGCGCAUUUUCCCAAUGCUAAAGCAACCUACAUUGAAUCAGGUGUAUAUUACUGUUUGAAACACCUUCAACGGUCCAGUUUCGAGUUUGUUGUGAAUGUGUACGAAGAGCUGUGGACGCAUACUUAAAACGGGCAUAUAUAUAAGCUUAUAUUAGUUUCACCUGUCAUGAAAGCUUUCACGAAUACUUCCUUUUACUUUUUAAGUUUAGGCGCCCUCCUGCUGGUAUUUGAGAAAAUUUUACUUUAUCAAUGACGUUUAACAGGACUAAAUGGCUGACUCGUUCCCAAUCGUCUUCGCGCAACGCGCACGGCGGGAGCAGGGUGUGGUGGGAAGGGAGAAGAGAGGAAGACUCUCCCUCGCUUUUCUCCUUCCCAUCAUACCCUGCGCGCCACUAGGGAGGUUGUGAGAGACGAUUGGGGACGAGUCAGGGUAAAUGGAGCAAACAUGUACACAGUUACGUAUUGUGUGUAAUGUGACUGUAUAUAAAGUAAAAUACUAACAUGGUACUAAUUAAAUAGUAGCCACAAAGAUGAAUGGUGUAUUUAAGAUUUCGAAUAUGAAAUAAAGAGGUAAAUUACGUAGGUCUUUGGUGUGCGAACCUUAACUUUUUAGGGAGG